UAAAGCUGUCUUCGGAAUCCACCGCGUUGUAUGUGGUAUAAGAUGUAAUUUAGCAGUAAAAAUAAAUAAAUGAAUAUUACUCGUAAUUACGUGUAUUUAAAUUCUUACUUAUGUGAAAAAAAUAGAAAAUUGUAGAAAAAAAGGAUCUCUGCUCGUACAGUGAGAAAUGGAAAUGGAACGUGACGAAAUCGCAGUAAAAUCACGUUUGGCAUUGAUAACAACGCAAUGUGAAACUUUAAACAAAAGUGAUGCAGUCCGAGAUGACGCAGAAAGUAGAACUAAGGAAGAUGACCAAGUACAAUCAGAAGUCGAACAAACUGAAGAAUCUUGUAAUUUAACUAAUAAUAAAAUUUGCUUGCAGUCUAGCAAACAAACAAAUCUAACUCUAACCUCAGAUGAAAUUUAUCCUCAAUCAUCACAUGUAACAUAUAAUACAACAUUAUUCUCGGAAAGAAUAACAAAUCUUACAAUAUCAGAACAAAUAGAAAAUUGUAAAACUGUAAAUAGCACAGGGCCAAGAAAUAUAAAUUCAAAAGAUAUUGAAUUGGCAGAAUCUACCUGUAUGCAAUAUAACUGGUCUAUAACACCGAGACUAUUAUGUGUAGCUACUAAAGAAUAUCAGCCUACAGAUUUAUAUGAGAAUUUUACGAAAGGUUGCCAAUGGUCCCCAGAUGGGACAUGCUUACUUGUACCAUCAGAAGAUUUUAGGAUACGUAUUUAUGAACUUCCCAGAGAGUUAUACUCUGGCCAAUUUCCAUCUGAUUUUUUACAGACUGAUUUUACACCUGCUCUGACUGUUAAAGAAGGAGGUCUUAUAUAUGACGCUUGUUGGUAUCCUUUUAUGAACUCAUGGGAGCCUAUAACAUGUUGCUUUCUCAGUACUAGUAGAGAGAGUCCUGUUCAUUUAUGGGAUGCAUUUACAGGAGAAUUGCGUGCAACAUAUCAGCCUUACAAUCAAGUGGAUGAAAUAGAAGCUUCUCUCAGUGUUCAAUUCAUAAAUGCAGGAAGAGAAAUAUGGUGUGGUUUUAAAAAUGCUGUGAGAACUUUCAAUACGGAUCGUCCUGGACGUCAAACAAGUACCAUUCAAUUUAAACAUGAUUUUCCAAAUAUGAUUGGGUUAGUCUCAUGUAUUCGUGAAAAUCCAAUCAUGCCAGGUCUAAUUGCCUUUGGCACAUAUUCUAAAUGUAUUGGACUGUACAAAGAUGGACCACUCUGCACUUUUAAAACUGGAAGUGGCAUAACACAAAUUGAAUUUAGUUCUUGUGGAAUGAAAUUGUUCUCUGUUGUUCGAAAAAAUAAUGAAUUUUUAUGCUGGGAUCUUCGUAAUCCUGGAACUGUUCUUUAUUCUUUUGAAGGAAGACAAUCAGAUACUAAUCAAAGAAUACAGUUUGCUAUCACUCCUGAUAAUAAACAGAUAAUUUCUGGUGGUAUUGAUGGAAAUAUCAUUAUAUGGGAAUUAUCAGAUAUUACAAAUUAUGAAAAUUUAAAUCCAAAAUAUAAAAUAAAAUUGUCUAAAGAUUGUAUAAAUGGAACAAGCUUACAUAAAAGUUUACCAAUCAUAGCAACUAGUUCCGGACAAAGACAGUAUGGUAUUGAAAAGCACAGAGACAAUAGUGUAAGAUUGUGGUGGGCUUCUUAAAUAAAAUAAUAGUUUUAGAUAAUUCAUUUAUAUGUUGAUAAUAUUCAUGUUAAAGACAAAACUGUAAAUAUUUUGUAUAUAAUUAUAUAAUUUUUAUAAAAAUUCGUUAUUUAUAGCAUCAUAAGAAGCGAGGAGUCCAACAAAUAAAACAUCCUAUAACAAUAAAAUCGAAUUAUAAUG